GUUUUUGAGGCAUAAACUUUUACCUUUAAAUUUUGUGGUAGAAUGGAUUGUUGGUUCAGCUCGAUGAAGCACUCCAUUGAAGGGCUCCAUUCUCCCUCUGUAGUCUAUUAUACCUAGGCACAUCCUCUUCUAUCUCUCAAAACCCUAAACCAGAUAGCGCAUCGUGACUAUCUCUUUUCCCCUGCUAAACCCUAACCCCUCUCUCUCUCUCUCUCCAAUAAAAACCAUUCUACCUCUCAACUUCGCACAUCCUCAAGCACGUCUCAAAACCCUCACUAUCUCUCUUCUCUGGUAUCAAUCAAUCCAAUGGCGCCAUCUGCCCUCAGAGAGCUCCAGCAUGAGAUCGAGACACAGGCCAACCUUCUCUCCAAGCUUCAAAAAGACACAACUAAGAAUCACCAAGUGAGGAAGCAAUACACCAUUCAACUGGGGGAAAACGAGCUGGUCCUCAAGGAACUGGAUUUAUUGAACGAAAACGCAAACAUUUAUAAGCUGAUUGGGCCGGUGCUCGUGAGGCAAGACCUUGCAGAAGCCAAUGCAAAUGUUAGGAAGCGGAUUGAGUACAUAAGCGCUGAACUGAAGCGAUUAGACGGAACUCUUCAAGGGCUUGAAGAACAACAACAUGAAAAAAGAGAGGCGAUCUUGAAGCUACAACAGAAGAUCCAAGCUCUGCAGGCCGGAAAAUCGAAUUCCUAGCUCAGGCUUGUCCCAAGCUGAUUAUGCUUGUUCCAAGAUAAAGGAGGCGGUAUUAGGUGGACAGUCAAUGUAAAAUUUGACCACAACUUUUUAUGAAGCUUGCUCCAAAUAGUUGGGAUAAGGUUCGGAUGAUAAUAAUUUUCCUUGUCACAAUUUCAUGUUAUGUAAUUGGUCCUUGUCACAACGUCAUAUUAUGUAACUGCACAGAUUAUAGUUUCAGAUUAUAGUUUCAGCCAAUCUGUAAUCUGAGCUUUCUCCUAGUGAUGAGGUAAUUGACCUCUACAUGAGAGAGGUCUUAGCAUUCAGACUUAAUAGGUUUGUGCCUCAAAUCACACACAGCUGAUUGCUCACUUUAUAUAUAGUUCUGCUGGUUGCUAAGCGAUAUGGCAAAAGACAAGUUGAACUUGUUUGGCCUCUUGUACUCAAAAUUUAAAAAAGAGGAAAAAUUCAACCCAGUUGUCAUCAUCUUCUGUUGUUUGUUUCUUUAAUCUUCCCC